AUGGCUUUGCUAUCCUUAUUGCCCCAAUACCUUCAAAUGCCAAACUUGGUGGAACUCGACGACUACAAUCGAUGUCUGGGAGCUGAAGGUUCAGAUGGUGCCAUUCCAACCUAUUGCAUGACCCGGGCACUAAUAAAACCGGACAACAGUUCCAAACUUCGGAGAUUGAUUGAGGAAUUCUCCAAAGAUACCAAAAGACACUUCAAUCACACAUUGCUUGAUCGAGGUUUAUGCAUCGAAGACUGUCGAAAGUUAGUCGAAUCGUUGCCUUUGUCGACAAGGGAGCAACUGAUAGUGGAAAGCCCUGUUACAAGACUGGCGCCAUUCAUCGGCUCAGACGUAUCCAAAGCCACGGUCCAUGACAGGGAGCGUUUUGCAGAACUGGCAAACAUUUGUCUUAACUAUCGCCUUAACAAAACAAAUCAGCUGAUGGCAUACACCGAGGUUGUUAUGUGUGACAGAAGCUCUGACACUAUAAGUGUUGGCAAAAGUGUUUAUGUUUCCUUUUCUUUGGUACGAAAUUGGUAUCGUUUGACGACGCGAUCUCAACAACCGCUGGCAAAGGAUCUUCGAUUUCUCAACGCGUUCCGAUUUACCAGCAUGUACGUGGUGAUUGUGGGUCAUGCCUUGCUACUGAGCAUGUUAACUCCGAUUAAUAACACAUACCUUUUUGAAGAGAUGUACCAUCAAGUAAGCUUCUCGAUUAUAAGCGGCGGUACCCGGGUCACUCAAACGUUCCUGACCAUGAGUGGCCUCUUACUAGCGAUUGCGGUUACCAGAGAGGCCGAAAAACAGAACGGCUCACUCCAAUGUAUGCCCUGGUGA